AUGAAUACUAGUGACAUUAGAAUUAAUGGAGGAGUACCAGACUUUGAUGAUACCGUUUUGGAGUCAAUUAGGCUUCUUCUGAUGGAGGAAGAUGAUUUCUUCAAGCAUCCUCCGAUGGAUUUCAAUGUCGUUAACGACACCGUAGAUGCUUUGCAAGUUGCAGAAUCAGAGAAUAACAUCAAUGCCACAUGCAUCACACUAACCGACACUCCGGUGGUCGAUUGCGUCGAUACUGAUUGUAUUUGUGAGGCUCCAGCAGCUGAGUUUCAAUCACCGCAACCGGAGCCAAACGCGGAGGCGUGUCGGGAUCACGCGGUUCCAAAGCCGAAGAAAUAUAAAGGUGUGAGGAGGAGGCCAUGGGGGACCUAUGCGGCCGAAAUUAGAGAGCUUAAAAAGAAGGGCGCAAGAGUUUGGCUCGGUACGUACGAGACACCUGAGGAUGCGGCUUUGGCUUAUGACAGAGCCGCCUUUAAAAUUCGUGGCUCCAAGGCUAAGCUAAACUUUCCACAUUUAAUUGGCUCUAAUGACUAUGAGCCUGUGAGGGUGACAAAUAAGCGUAAAUCGCCGGAGCCUUUGCCCGAGCCUUGUACGUCGUCGUCGUCUUUUUCUUCUUCGUUGGAUGUUGAUUGUCGACGACCGACGCCUAAGCGGAGAUUGAAUAAGAUAGCCUCCGCUGCUCCGGCCAUUUUGGGGAAGCUAAAACAAAUCUUAAAUCCAUAAAAAAGAGGUAGAUUUGUUUUGGUUAAAACUUUUGGUUGCGUAAGUUCUCAUUAGUUAGCAUGCGAAUGGUAGUUUUUCCUGUAAUUAUUUAUUCUGUUGAGUGAAAUGAC